CCGCCAAAGCAGAGUGCACAAACUUAACCACUCGGCCACGGGGCUGGCCCCCUAGACUUUUGCCUUAUAAAUUAUGUCCUUCAGUACGAAUGUUCUAAAAUGGGGAAAGAGGCAAAUGCUAUCAUUUAUUUACUGUUAAAAUAUACUUUUUCCCUGAAUGUAAAUGUACGUUCAUUGUAGAAAAUAUAAAAAAGUGAAAGCAAAUAAGAAACUAAAAGUCACCCAUAAUAUGUCUUCCUUACUCAAAGCUAAUUAUUAUGAUCUGUCUGGUAUAUGCCUUGCCCAAAUUUAAGUAUAGGUAGACAUAGACCACGUGUUUACUGCUUUGUGGAUUCCCUUUUUUAUUUUACUGUAGAAAUAUUUUAAUUUAUAUAUUGUUUCUAGGAUAUGUAUACUGUUUUGUAAACUAAUCUUUUAGUAUCUGGUUGUUUUAGCACUGAGGUGGUUUAAGGAAAGAGGACAUUAGGAAAAAAAAGAAAUACCAGUGUGCUGGGAGUUACAGAUCCUAAAUUGUGUACACCACAUUUGCAAAAUUGUUUUUUCCCUGCCCCUUAAAACACCUAGGUAUGACUCUGAGGUUUAUAGGAUGGUUUAUAAAAGCUGCUGUUUAAUUUUGGGUGCUUCCUGGCUAAACCAACAAUUAAAUGGAGAAAAACAGAAGUGAUAUGAGGAAUAAAACUGGGAAGUUACUUAUUUCAUUCUCUCUUCCUUAUUCUUCCCCAAGCACAGUCCACAACCUAAUUUUCAGUUGUGGUUGCUGAAUACUCUAAAGUUUUUAAACUUCUGCUUAGUGAAUAAGUAUUAAGAAAUCUCAGUCACUGCCAUGGGGUUAAUUGUGAGGCUUAGUCAAUACACUGUUGAUUUUAUUUAUUAAUCUUCUUCCUAUUAUCUCUGUGUUGUGAAGAAUAACUUUUCUUCUACUGAUUCAACUCAGCCACUUCUGGAUUUUCUCAAAUAUUUUUCUCCAUAUUAUGACACUUAAAAAUGAAAAUUGUGCCCUUUCUUCACUGCGUGGUUGGACUACGCCUGCUCCGCUGUGCAGUGAUAGGGGUCUUCUCUUCUCUGUCCUUGAAUCUUAUUUUAAGCACACACACACGUUUUGUUUAUUUAUUUAUACUUAUAUAUAAUAAUAGGUCAGCACCGUCUCUCCCCUCCCAUGUGGGGAGCCGAGUUCUAGUCUGAAAGUUGAUUGGUGAGCAUCAAAUACUAGUAGGGACUUCUGUUGAAUUCUUGCUAUGCCCUCUGCGAGGUGUGUUUACAUUCUCAGUUUAAUCUGCUGACAUUUUACAGAUGAGGUAACUUGCAGUUUAGGGAGGUUGAACAUCUUGCCUGAGGUCGCCCGGCCUUUGAGGUAAUGGAACCAGAGUUCAAGGCCAGGCUGACUAGAGAGCCCGGUCCUCCCAGGGAGAUUCAGGACCGCUCGCUUCCUGAACUGUGUUUUGUGAACCAAGAUAUAUUAGCAGGAGUUACUUUAAAAAGGGUUCUUGGGCCAAUAAGAUUGAAAAAUGUUACAUGUUGUAUCAGCCCCUCAGAGAUUCACAGUGCACAUUGGUAUGUUAAAAGCUCUGAAAAAUCCUACAGAAGAUAAACUUGAAGAUUUUAGCUCAUCUUUUACAAACUGACGUGAUUCAGUCUUUGAAGAACUCUAGCGUACUGAGAGAACAGUUUGCUAAUAGCUGAGUCUAAGUAAGGGUAUUACCUGCGUGAUGUUACUGGCCAGUGCUCCGUGGAUGGAUGCAGCUGUCGCCAGGGGAGGACUCUAGCUGCCUGGGCUUGCUGAAUUUUGCCUGUAGGUCUUUACUUACGUGUUCAUGUUUGGCAUAUCAUCAUCCAACUGUCUGACUCUUGCCGUUCUUUAAGAUCCGUCCAAGUUCUACCUCUCCUCUAAAGCUUUCUUUAACCACUUUAGUCCACACUGAUGUCUCCAGUCUCAGAAAGGUUCCUCAUUAUGGUGUGUGAUUAUAAAUGACUGUAAUACGCGAGCACAUGGCUGUUUCCCCAGCUGGUCCCUAAGCUCCUUGAGGGGAGGCCCUGUUUAUACUUAAACUCCCUUGGUUUCCCGAUGAUUAGCCUCUGGUCUUACUGUCUUAGAGGAGAGAGGUCCAAGUUGUUCCAGUGGCUUUUGUUCAGUUGACAGAUACUCAUAGUCUCCUGACUAUGACCCCCAGUGAGACCUGCACUUUAUUCUUAAUCCUGAAACUUGAGGAACUCAUGUAACCAUCUUACGAAACACUCGCUUCAGCAGUCAUGCUCCUUGUAUUGCUUUUAUUGCUUUCCAGUGGGACAAACUCAAUGAUUUUGCUGUGUUAUUUAUCAAAAAUGAUUUCAUUUCUGUUGUAAAUUUUCAUACAAAGAAAGUAUUUCACAAUUACAGAAAAAUCCUACUGAUUAGUUGCAAUAGGUUUCUUAGAACAUCCCCUGGCUGGCUGUCACCUACGUCUCGCUCCACUGCCUCAGGAGCCCAGUGGAUCUGCUAAGAAUUUAUGAUUAGGAAUUUCUCGUAUACAGAGAAUCUCAACAUAUGUGGUGUUGACUUUGGUUGUGAGGCAAAUGGUUUUAAGUAUAACUCAUAUUAGAUUGCUGUUCAUAUAGAAAUAGAUAGAUGUCCAGUGUAUAAAUUGUGUUUCAGUUACUGGAAACCCACUUUAGAUUAUGAAAAUACCAAAGCAGGUCCCCCAAACCAAAUAGAUGCUUUUACAGACAUUUUGCAGACACAUACAACCAAAACUAUAUCAUGUCUGUUAUGUGGAUAAAUUUUUCUGCGUAGGCAGGAUUGAGCAAAGCUUCUUAAAAUAUGAGUCUAAUAAAGUUUGCACUGAAAGCAUCACCUUUUCUUUUGGAAACUCCCUGAAGUAAUCAUGGAUCUUCUUCCAUUGCUCGAAGGAACUUCUUUGUACAAAAUUAACAUCAUCUGUCUUGACCGUUUUCACCCCAUGCUCAGUGCGCACAAAUGCCUGUGGAAGUUGUUGAAUGAUGCCUGCCAGGAAACAGAUGAUUUCUUCCACCAUCCCGGUCUUCCCUGGGAAAUACAGGAAGGGCAGACCACAGGUUCAGUUAUCAGUUGGCUCUGUUGGCUCUAUGUGAAUGUUAAGGGGUGGUAACUAGGUAUUUGGGGUUUAUAUCAAUUAAAGUACAGAUUUAACUACUAUAAAAGAAAUCCAAAAAGUUAGAGCUUUUUUCUCUUACUCAAACUGAUCCAGCAACUCUUCAUAGUCCUGUGUGACAUCAUCAGGGAUCCAUACCCCUUCUCCAUGUUAUUUUUGUCAUUCCUAGAAAGUUGCUCUCAUUUCCGUGGGCUGAGAUUUCACCACCUUAUCCACAUUCCGUCAAUAGGAAGGAAGGAAACAGGAGAGUUUCUUCUUCCAUUUGUACAUGUCACUUUAAGCCACAUUCCAUUGGCCAAAAUGUGGUCACUCUGAGGGAAGUUGGAAAUGUAUCUUUAUUCUGGGUGGCUAUGUACAUGGCUAAUAACUGGAGGUUAGGAGGUGGGUAAUUAAUGAGAGAGAAGGAGAGAAAGGAUAUUGAGGAAUAGUAGUCUUUGCCACAAGGUAAUAACAUACAAGUUUUUUAAUGAUAAAGUUGUAAAAGCAAGGGUCAAAAGUCACUUGCAGCUCAACUUUUGGUUCUACCUAACUUUUCCUUCCCUAGAACAAUCAGCAUGGUGUUGGUAUGUGGUGUAAGUUUGGUCUUCUUACCCAAACGUAAAAUUUUCUUAUUUUUGUAUUACUUAAUUAACUGUUGAUUCCAAGACUGUUUUCAGAGCUGUCUGCUAAGCUCACAUCAACAGGAGCAGGUUUUAAGUUUUUCUUAUGCACUCAUUAUCACCAAGCAAUACUUUUUAACAUAGGUGUUCAGUGAAUUCCAUCACAUUGAAUUAUGAUGAGUUAUUCAAAUUCUGCCUCUUUUGAUAAUAGAGUCAGUCAGUGGUUUCUUGUCUUUUUUUAUGCCAACUGGAAUAGCCCAUAAUUCCUGCAGCAGAUGCUUCAUCCAUGCUCAGAAAUGUAGAGGAGGUAUGGAAUUUUCUGGGUUGGUGAAGAUUUGUGACCACAAAGUCACUCUCAGGCCCCUUUGCUGUUGCCAGUCAGAGACCAUGGAAAGGGUUAUGGGCCACUGGAGGAGGGAGCAAAAGUCUGUGGACUCACAUAGCAGCAGUAAGAGGUAGGUCUUACAGUGACCAAGAUGUGUUGGAGAAUUGAAAAAGUGAAAUGGGAAUAUCAAGAAAACACAAAGAUAGUGAUUGCAAGAAGACCUUCCCACCCUAGGGUGUUAGGGAGGGUGGUGAUGGUAAAAUGAAGACAUUGAGGUGAUCAGAAUUCAGAAGCUCACAGGAGGGCAUUGCAAGCUGGGGUUAAGAUCCCCAGGGGGUGACAUGUGUGGGCCCUGGCCAACUGCCUAUUGUAUCUCUAGACUAUAAUCAGGCUGUUUUGUGGAGUGGGCCUGGGUUGGAUAAAUGCUAGAGGCUAGAGCCACUCCAGCCAGCCCUGGUGGUCUAGCGGUUAACGUUCAGUGCUCUCACCACCGUCUGUCCGUGGUCAUACUGUGAUAGCUGCAUGUUACUGUGAUGCUGAAAGCUAUGCCACCAGUAUUUCAAAUACCAGCAGGGUCACCCUUGGUGGACAGGUUUCAGCGGAGCUUCCAAGACUAAGACAGACUAGGAAGAAGGACCUGGCCACCCACUUCUGAAAAAAUUGCCCAUGAAAACCCUUUGAAUAGCAGUGAAGCAUUGUCUGAUAUAGCGCUGGAAGGUGAGAGGAUGGUGCAAAAAGACCGGGCAGGGUUCCGCUGUGCUGUACUCAGGGUUGCUAGAGUUGGAAUCACCUUGACAGCACUAACAACAAUAAAAGAACCGCUCCCACGGCCAUGGUUAAAGUGCCUUUACUUUGACAGCAUGCAAAAAACAAUUAUCUCUUCUGCCAGCCCUUGUCUCCCUCUGUCACCCCUGUUGGUGAAGCCUAACAGAGACAGUUGGCAAAGGAGAAAUGUUUGCAGAGUUCCAGACCACAAAGCAGAAUAUAGAAGGGAAGAGAGAGAUGUCAAUAACCCCAUGCCUAACCGAGGAGGCAAUGGAUUAGCUCCUGGGGAUGACAGAUUCAAACCUGUGGUACCAUGGCCUCAUGUUGAAGGAGUAGAAGUGGACUUAGAGUCUAUUAGAAGAAAAAACAAGGCCAAAAAUGAACAAGAGCGCCAUGCUGGAGGAGAUAACCAGAAAGACAUAAUACAGAGGCAGUAUCUCACAUUUAAGCCUCAGACAUUCACCUACCGUGAUCCUGUGCUACGCCCAGGGAUCCUCGGUAACUUUGAACCCAAAGAACCCGAGCCUCAUGGAGUGGUUGGUGGCCCUGGAGAGAAAGCCAAGCCAUUGGUUUUGGGACCAGAAUUCAAACAUGCAGUUCAAGCCAGCAUUAAAGAGUUUGGAUUUAACAUGGUGGCAAGUGACAUGAUCUCACUGGACCGCAGCGUCAAUGACUUACGACAAGAAGAAUGCAAGUAUUGGCAUUAUGAUGAAAACCUGCUCACUUCCAGCGUUGUCAUCGUUUUCCAUAAUGAAGGAUGGUCAACCCUCAUGAGAACGGUCCACAGUGUAAUUAAAAGGACGCCAAGGAAAUAUUUAGCAGAAAUUGUGUUAAUUGAUGACUUCAGUAAUAAAGAACACUUAAAGGAAAAAUUAGAUGACUAUAUUAAGCUGUGGAAUGGCCUAGUGAAGGUAUUUCGAAAUGAGAGAAGAGAAGGUUUAAUUCAAGCACGAAGUAUUGGUGCCCAGAAGGCUAAACUUGGGCAGGUUUUGAUAUACCUUGAUGCUCAUUGUGAGGUGGCAGUUAACUGGUAUGCACCACUCAUUGCUCCCAUAUCUAAGGACAGAACUACAUGUACUGUACCUCUAAUAGAUUACAUAGAUGGGAAUGAUUAUUCCAUUGAACCACAGCAAGGUGGGGAUGAAGAUGGUUUUGCCAGAGGGGCCUGGGACUGGAGUUUACUAUGGAAACGUAUUCCUCUAAGCCACAAGGAAAAGGCCAAAAGAAAACAUAGAACUGAACCUUAUCGGUCCCCAGCCAUGGCUGGUGGGUUAUUUGCCAUCGAACGAGAGUUCUUCUUUGAACUGGGUCUCUAUGAUCCAGGUCUCCAGAUUUGGGGUGGUGAAAACUUUGAGAUCUCAUACAAGAUAUGGCAGUGUGGUGGCAAAUUACUGUUUGUCCCUUGUUCUCGUGUUGGACACAUCUACCGUCUUGAGGGUUGGCAAGGGAAUCCUCCACCCCUUUAUGUUGGGUCUUCUCCAACUCUGAAGAAUUAUGUUAGAGUUGUAGAGGUUUGGUGGGAUGAAUAUAAAGACUACUUCUAUGCUAGUCGUCCUGAAUCGAAAGCACUACCAUAUGGGGAUAUAUCUGAGCUGAAGAAAUUUCGAGAAGAUCACAACUGCAAAAGUUUCAAAUGGUUCAUGGAAGAAAUAGCUUAUGAUAUCACCUCACACUACCCUCUACCACCCAAAAAUGUUGACUGGGGAGAAAUCAGAGGCUUUGAAACUGUUUACUGCAUUGAUAGCAUGGGAAGAACAAAUGGCGGCUUUGUUGAACUAGGACCCUGCCACAGGAUGGGAGGGAAUCAGCUUUUCCGAAUCAAUGAAGCUAAUCAACUCAUGCAGUAUGACCAGUGUUUGACAAAGGGACCUGAUGGGUCAAAAGUUAUGAUUACACACUGUAAUUUAAACGAAUUUAAGGAAUGGCAGUACUUCAAGAACCUGCACAGAUUUACUCACAUUCCUUCAGGAAAGUGUUUAGAUCGCUCAGAGGUCCUACAUCAAGUGUUCAUCUCCAAUUGUGACUCAAGUAAAAUGACUCAAAAGUGGGAAAUAAAUAACAUCCAUAGUGUUUAGAAAGGAUAAAAGAAACCAAUAACCUACCUACUGACACGUAAAUUUAUACAGGACUGAAAACCGCCUGAAACCUGCUGCAACGAUUAUUACCUGUACAGCUCCAAACCCAGAACCUCCUGGUCAGUUUGAAGGACGUUGAUAAACUGUGAUUUUACAAUAACAUUAUCAUCUGCAGUUACUGUUUACAAAACUGCUUUUACCUUAAACCUUGUAGGUGUUUACAUCUUUUUUUGUUUUGUCUUAAGCUGAUGUUGGUAAUUUGUGCAUUUAGCUCUGCUUUGUUUAGAACAGAGUUAAAAGCAUUAUUGUCUUCUUUGGGAUUACACUCAGGGGUCUGAAAGGCAGUUUGAUUUUUUUUUUUUAACACACUUGAAAAAAGGUUGGAGUAACCAGACUUUCAUAUAUAACUUGGUGAUUAUCAACCUGUUGUGUCUUUAUUUAAUUUUACAUCUUUUUGAAGCACUGCCACAGGUUAUUAGCCAAGGUGGCCUUCCUUCACAGUCAUGCUGCUUUUUUGAAAGGUGAAUUUCAACACAUUUAGUGCCUCUUUCAUUUCUCAGUAUAUAUUUCAAGAGCUUUUAAUGAAACUUAUAGGAUGGUAAUGACGGAAUUGUCACCUGUGUGAGGAACACUUUUACUCCUCAGAGGUGAAUUUAUGUGCUACCGCUUGCUCUGAAAUUGAUUAUUGUAUGGCUUGAAAAAGAAAUGACCAUAUGGAACAUCCCCAGGCUAUUCCGUUGGGUUUAAGAUCGUAUGGCAUUAACUCCCUUACUUCCUGGCAUUCCCAAUGCCCUCUGUCAGUACCAACUCCUCAGACAGCAAAGGGGUCUACCAGCUAGAGAAACAUUGUCCACUGAUGUUUAGGAUUUCUUUCCUCCAGUACUUAUCACUACAGAAAACUAUAAAUAAUUCUCAGUUUUGAAACCUUGAAAUGGGGGUAACAAAAACAACAAAACACCACUGUAAACACAGCAAAGGGUCAUCCUGACCAAGAUAAGAAUUUCCGAGCCCUUAUUAGAUUAAGCCUUACAAAACUCCCGUGCAUUAUAACCUAAGCUGUGCAACCUAUGAAGCCAAGAGUGAAUGGAUGUUUCAUUUAUAUCUUCAUCCAAAUGAAAUUCCCUGCACAUUUUUAAAAUUAAAAAAAAAAAGGCUAUUUAAAAAUACAGCUCAUUAACAAAGAUGAACUCCUUUCUUUUAGAUUAGGUGUUAGUUCCCUAGUGUUUCUUAAUGUUUUUUAGGAAGCAUAUUUCUAUUAGUAUUUUUCCAGUGAAAAGAAGACUUGUUUCGAUUUAAACAUUUAUUAAGAUAGUACCUAAAAUAGGAAAACCAAAUACUGCAAGUGGUCAAUUAGAUUUUAAGUUCUAAAUAAAUUCUUUUAUUACCCAAAAGAUUAAAAUGCUAUGUUGAGUGAAAAAAAAAUGUGAUAAGGUGGGGAAUGGCAAAUAAAUUACACAUCUUUGAUCCUGUAAUCAUGAUAUAAUUACAAUGAAAGGAAUUCACAAACUACUGUGAGAGGGGAAUAUUUUUAAGUAAAGCUUAAAAACUAAAAACAAAAAAAACAAAAAAAACAAAACUCUACAUUUCUUUAAAAGAAAAGCCUACAAAUUUGUUUCUUCCAAGCUUAGUUCUUAAAUUUGGAGAGUCAAAGUUAAACAUCCCAAACAAAGUUCUAUUUAUAAUUUUGAAUUGUCAAUUUGUAUUUUGCUACUGAUCUGUGAUCAACCAUUUUAACUUUCAUUCAUCUCCAGGGAUGUUUAAAAGGAACUCAUUUCUAUGCUUAUAUAAUUACAAAAUAAAUCAACUAUAAAAAAGAGACUAAGAGAACUGGUACUUGUGUGUUUGCAAAUGGGCUUCAUUUUCCUUGUUGAAUAGAUUAUAACCUUGUUAACUAUGCAUAGGCCUAAGAAAGGUGGCACAUAAACUGUUCAUGUAAAUUUUAAGUGGGUAUUUUGUGCAAUUCAUUAAGAUACUCUAUGAAAAUGAUUCUAUAUAUUGAAAUCAGAAACCUUACCAAACGCGAAAAACAUCAGAAGCUGCUGCCAUAAUGACUAUUUUCUACUGUAGGCUGCUUUGGAAAUAAUUCUCAUAUCCUUGCUUUGUAAGUUGAUAAUAUCACUAUGCAUUUCUACACAUUUUAUAAAUUUGAUUUAUGCAGAUUUUGAUACACUGUAUGUUUCUGUAGAAAUUGUAUAAAUAUUCAAAAUUUUAUUAGGGAUAAAUUUGAGAAGUUUAUGUAUAUCUUAAUUCUGGGUUGCUUGUUUUUUAGGUGAGAAAAAAAUAAAAUACUGUAUUUUAAUCCA